UUUUGGAUCACUAGUAUGAUCAUAAUUGAUCCCUGAUUAAUAAGCCUUCCAUGCAUGCGAGUUCAGCUUAAUGUAUCAAAGCAUAAGUUUUCAUUUCUGCGGACCGUCUAUUAUGGACUUAAAUCAAGUUGAAAUUUCGAUUAAAAUGAUUGGAAAAGUAGCAAAACUUGUAGUUGAGAACUUAAGAUAGAAAUCCACUAAACCAUUUUACCUGCAACGUUAUGAAAUGUUCUCUGCCAAUGCUGUAUCUUGUUUCAUGCAGAAGAAUUGUUGUGUGGCAUCAAUUGUUAUUUGCUAAAUCAAUAUUGGAAUUGGAUAAGGUUGUCGGCCAUGUCAAUAGUUUGUGAAGUGGGCCAAAGCCCACUACCAUCUCUCUCCACCAACAUUGGAAGACAUCUCUGAAUAUGGAUAGAGAUCCAAAUUUCCGAGGGACACAGACCGUUGCUCUCCCGCCACAACUCAAAAAUGAUGAGCUCUUCUCGGGUGCUCAUUUCCCACCCCUUGUGCCCUCCUCACCCCCAAAAUCUUUGUCGUCCCUUCCACCCUCACCCCGAAUGGAAGAAAACCCCAAACACCCUCUCUCUUCGACCAAAAGAGCCCAUUUUUCCCCAUUAUAGAAAUCCCGAAAGCCUCAACCUUGAACCCAUGAAGGACGAACACAAGCAAGUCUUAACUAGGACGUAUUCCAAAAAGAUUAGCAGUUCACCAACUACACGGCUGUCGUACACCCAGAGCUUGAAUAGAUUGAUAAAUUCAGACAGGCUCGCCGAGGCCAUGGAUUUGUAUGUCGAGAUUAGAAACAAAGGCCUCGAAGCCGGGAUUAUUCUCGAAUCUGUAUUGAUUGAUGCUUUGAUGAAAUCUGGUCGAGUGACUGAUGCCUUCCAAGUAUUUGAAUCAAUGCCUGAGAGGAAUGUCAUCACAUGGACUUCGAUGUUAUCAGGUUGCGUCCGAAAUGAUCGUCAGGCGAUUGCGUUCUCCUUGUUUGUUGAAAUGCUUGAAGCCGGUGUGCUUCCCAAUGAUUUCACCUUCAAUGCCAUGCUUCAGGCUUGUGCUGACCGGGGAGCUCUGGGUUUAGGAGAGCAGGUGCAUUCGCUAGCGGUCCGUGCCGGGCUUGCGGAUGAUCGCUGGAUUGGCAAUUGUCUCAUCGAAUUUUAUUCGAGAUGUGGGUUGAUGGCUAAAGCAACAAAAGUCUUUGAUAGGAUGCUGGAUCUGGAUUUGGUGAGUUUCACCUCAUUGAUUUCAGGGUUUUCUAGGAACAAUCAGUUUGAGUCUGCAGUAAGUGCAUUUGAUCAGAUGGUGAGACUGGGGUUAGAACCAAACGAGCACACGAUCACUAGUAUUUUGACUGCUUGUGGACCGCUGCUUGGUGAACAGAUCCAUGCCUACAUGAUUAAAACCAUGAUUGCCCAGAGUGUUUAUUCUGGAAGUGCUUUAAUUGAUUUUUACUCCAGAAAUUUUGAGUUCAGACGAGCUAGAGAGGUAUUUGAGAAGCUGGAAGCUAAGAACAUGGUAACUUGGAGUUCAAUGAUCUCUUGCUGUCUCCGGAAUGACCAAGUAGAAGAAGCUAUGAGAAUGUUCUAUGACAUGGUUUGUGCAGGUUUCAAGCCAAAUGAGUUCACCUUUGCGGUUACUUUUGGAGCUUGUGGAUUGUGGUCCGAGUCCAUUGCCUUUGGACGUCAACUCCAUUGCUCCACGAUUAAGCUCAACUUGGUAUCAGAUACUCGUGUAUUCAAUGCUUUACUGACCAUGUAUGCUAGAAGUGGUGAGGUUGAAGAACUAGAGAAGUUGUUUGAGAGAAUUGAAGACCCUGAUAUUGUCUCUUGGUGUGCAGCUAUAUCUGGCUAUUUCCAAAAUGGAUUUGACGAGAGGUCUACAAGGUUACUUUGCCAGAUGCAUAGGAAAGGGUACAUACCUAAUGAACAUGGAUUCUCUAGUGCCUUAAGUUCUUGUGCAAAUCUUGCUUUGCUAGAUCAAGGCAGGCAAUUUCAUUGUCUUGCAUUGAAGUUGGGAUGUGAUCUUCUUGUUUGCACAGGGAAUGCACUGGUUAACAUGUAUUCCAAGUGUGGGUGUAUCGACGAUGCAAGAUUGGCAUUUGAUGUCAUGCACACCCAUGAUGUUAUUUCAUGGAACUCGUUGAUUCAUGGUUAUGCACAUCAUGGGCAUGGGAAGAAGGUGAUCAAAGUGUUUGAUGAGAUGGUGGAGUCCAGCUGCUGCAUCCCAGACCAUUCAACAUUUGUGGGGAUUUUGGCUGGAUGUAGUCAUGUAGGUAAUGUCGAUGAAGCAGUAAGAUACUUUAAGAUCAUGAGAGAUCACUAUGGCAUAGUACCAUCUGCCUCUCACUAUGCAUGUAUCGUUGACAUGAUGGGUCGAGCUGGAAGACUUGGUGAAGCUCUUCAUAUCAUUGAUCAGAUGCCAUUUGAAGUGGAUGUUUUGGUAUGGAAGACACUGUUAGCAUCUUGCAAACUGCAUAAGAAUCUAGAACUAGGAAGUUUUGCUGCAGACAAGGUUAUGGAGUUGUCUCCGAGGGACUCCGCAAGCUAUGUGCUUCUCUCAAAUUUGCAUGCUCAGCACGGAGAAUGGGAAGAUGCAGAGAGAGUGAGGGGAAUGAUGGAGGAAAGAGGAGUCAAGAAAGAUGCUGGAUGGAGUUGGAUUGAGACCAAGUGUGAAGUGCAUGCUUUUGUUGCAAGGGAUAACUCUCAUCUGGAAGCUGAAUCUAUUUAUCAGAUAUUAGAAGAGCUCUUUGAGGUCAUGAAAGAUGAAGGCUAUUCGCCUUCUGCAAGCUUUAGUGAUUUAUGACAAUCAAGGGAUAGAAUAAUGUUUGCAUUGUCUCAAGAGAAUGGAAAAACUGGAGAAUGUAAAGGACUGACAGAAACAAGGUAAGACAACCAAAUCAAACACAAUUUUACAGCAUGUAAGAAUCCAAAUGGAUAGAAAGUUCAAAGAUGCUUAAUUUACUCCUACUCUAGCAAAGCUUUCAAGAGGGCGGGCUUUAGUGCAAUAGUUAGUUUUCUCUAUUGUGAGCUAGGUAUCAUAGAUUUGAGAUAUGGAAACAGCCUCUCCGCACACAGGGAUAAGGCUGCAUACAUCUAACCUUCCCUAGAUCCAAUUAGUGGCAAGCAUCUCAUUCAUUGCAUCUCAUUCAUUAAGAUGCUUUUUUUUUCUAGUGAAGCUUUCAAGAUGGCUCUGUAUUGUUGCAGUCUCCAACUUUUCCUGAUAUGAAUAAUGAAAAUGUUUUAUGAAAGAGAUGAGAAGAUAAAAAACAAGAUCCAGUUGAAUCUCCACAUCCUAACAUGUGCACUUCCAAUUAUUGAAAGAUUUUGUAGUGUUCUAUUUAACUCUUCAUUUAGAGAAACUUUCAUGCUCUUUCUGUAUCUUCUCCAGUGAUUUAUUUUUCAUGAACCAUCAAUCCUAGUGUGUGAAGGAAAAUCAGAUGUAGUUGUCUCAUUUUGUAUAAAUUCUCAAUAGUAAUAAAUAAUAGUUUCGACU